AUAGCGACGAGGCAAGUGCGGUUCGAGUUCUACGGCGACAACGCCCCCGACGGCCUGAAGUUUGCACGUAAGUUCGCAGAGGAUCUCGUCAUGGCCCGAGCUCAAGCCCGACAAGAUAUUGAGUACCACGGUCGAUUUCGAAGCGCGCUGCUGCCUAUUAUAAAAGAACAUGAAGCCACCUGCCGAGCAGCUUCUAGUUCUUUUUGUGGAAUCUGCAGCUCGCCUGUUGCGACCGUUUUGCAGACGCCUAUGUCUUUCCUUGACAGAGCAGAGGAUCCCUUCGUAGGGGUA